CAACACUCUCACACAUACACUAUUCCUCUCCACCACUAGCCAACAGCAAAAAAUGGAGGACCUUGAGCAGCCAGACGUGCCGACUGUUGACAGCAUCGAUAACGAGCCGCAAGCCAACGCCGACCCCAAUGACCCUCUGCGCCCCGAAAUCGAGGAGGAAGACAAUGCAGGAGGCACUCCGCCCAUGGCCGAUCCUCAUGCCGACACAGAGGUGCAAGAGAACGGGGGUUCAAAGAGCGCAGACGAGCUUAUGGACGAUGAGGCAGAUGCGGAGAAGCCAGUCAACGGCGAAGACGACAACGAGGACAACGACGACGAGUCGGAGCUGGAAGAACUGGACGAGCAGGAGUUUGCUGACUUCGAUGCCACCGCCCUGAACAUCCCCGACAAGCCCAUCGACGUUGACGAGAGCAAUGUGGCUUUGCUCGGGGUGCACAAGCGCAAGCGCACGGCGGAGGAAGAGGCAGAGCGCGAGCGGAAGAAGAAGAAGAAGGAGAAGAAGCGCGAGAAGCCUAGCAGCAGGAAGAGACGCGGUGGCGAGGACGAGGAUGAUUUUGAAGGCGGCCCCGAGAUGGAUGGCAAGCGGUCGAGGAAGAGCAAAGGCUCAAAGCCUAGUCAGAGCUCGAGAAGGGAGAGGACGCCCAUUGACCUCGACACUCUGCCACCGGACGAGCGCCGCCGACGUGCGCUGGAUGCGAAGAUGGAUGAGGCAUUGAAGACCCACCGUGUCUCGCGCCGCAAAGCUGCCCAGGAUAUGGAAGAGCGCGCCGACCAGGAAAUCGCUGAAAUGCGCACCCGAAUCGCCAAAGCCUGCGAGUUGGAUGCGCAGGCUCGGUCGCGAGGAGACGUCGCCGUUCAGAAGCUCAAGAUCCUUCCGGAGGUCGUAGAGCUGAUGAACCGCAACACGAUCCAAUCGCAACUUGUUGAUCCCGAUAUUAACAUCCUCGAAUCUGUCCGUUUCAUGCUCGAGCCUGCCGAUCAGGAUGCCGCCCUACCCAACUACCAGAUUCAGCGCGAGCUGUUUGCCAUUUUAUCGCGAUUAAACAUUGGAAAGGAGGCGCUCGUAGCUUCUGCCGUCGGCAAAGUCGUUCUCUUCUACACCAAAUCUACUCAGCCACAGCCAGAUAUCAAGAGACAGGCAGAACACUUGGUCGCAGAAUGGACUCGCGUAAUUCUCAACAAGGGCAAGGACGCGCGAUCCAAGCCGGUGGAAACGAGAGGCUAUGAUCCCAUGGCCGCAGCUGCCAGCCAGAGGAUGGGACCAAGUCAAGUCGACCGCGCGACGUUGGCUGCGGAGAAGAGGAAGAGAGCGUUGGAAGCACCAGGACCACAGAACAGAGCGAGAGUGCAGGGAGGAGUUGGCACAUACACUGUUGCACCUGUCAGCAAUAUGAGCAAUGCUCAGGGCGUCAGCCAGAGGAAAACGCAGGGCGCCAACGACGAGACAUUCAGAAGAAUCGCCGCUAGGAGCUCGCAGAAGAUGGGCAAGCGGUAGUAGGAAAAGCGAAUUCAGCCAGCUUGGAGUUGGAGUUUUUUUAUCAUGCAUACAGCGAGGCGUCAGGGCAGCGUGAGCAACUGGGAUGUAACAACCGUAUGUAUGUAUUGGUAAAAUGUGACACGCAUGAUCACUUUCC